UUAAAGUAAAUAUUACAGGCCAUGUUCGCAUUUCUCUGAUAUUUUCAACGCAGAUAUAAUCAUUUGAUUUUAAAAACAUAUUUAGUUGUGCUCGUUUAAAGAACUUGAUAAAAAUGAGCUGACAGUGCAAUAAUAAACGUCGUGUUUUGUCCUGUGAGACAAACGCAGGAUGUCGACCAUGAUGUCGACACUGAGAGGCGCCUUUUCUGAGCUCGUGUUGUUAGGCUAAAAGCAGGAACUACUUCUUGUUUUUAGCCCAGAGAAACAUUGAAUUAUAUCACUAGUAGAUCAAGCCAACUGAAAUUCGUCCCGUUAAGCUUAAUUAUGGCCACUAAAAAGAAGCGAGCUCCUAGUGCUCAAAAUGACAGCUGGGUUGUCAUUGCUGCAGACUCCGUCAUCGACACACACAAGCACGACAGUAAUCCAGCUUUUGUGAGACUAAGGAAUCCCUCUACAGAUGCAGCAUCUUUGUAUAUGCUGGGUAGUGGUGAUGCACAGCUGUAUGAGGUCAAAGCAUUUGAAGAAGACUUCCACUCCUGGUUUGUUGGUCAGACUGUACAGAGAGAUGGGAGACUUCUCUUUGUUACCCCAAUGGAUCCCCUCUAUCUUAUUUUGCCAUAUAUGAUUAAAUCUGAUAAAGAGGGGAAGUUCCAACCUGUGCAUCAAGUUGUUAUGGAUGAGGAAUUUCCAGCUUGCGCCAGGCUGCUGAGCUGCACACGUUCCUUGGCUUCCCUCAACCACAUUGCUGAGGAAAAAGAGGCGGGAGGCCUGAAAUUUCAUCGAUACAGCCAAGAGAAGACGCUGAACUGGUUAAAGAAAAAGGUGGAGAGGACAGUCGUCGUCCUCAAGAAGAGAAAUAUCUCAGUGGGAGAAGGAGUCAAAUCCACAACAUAUGUCAGAGCGAAGACAGAGUCAGACUGCUGUGAGGAGGACUACCUACGCUAUGCUCACGGACUGAUAUCAGAGUACAUCAGUGAAGACCUGAGCAAAGCCCUCCUCAGACACUUGCAGUUACCAGAGCUGACGAGCCCAAAGGAGACAGAGCCUCCUUCGAAGAAGCGGAAACUUUCAGACAAACCGGUGAAGGCCGGAGAGGACUACACCAAAUUCAACAGUGCAGACUUUGCGUGGAAACCGCCCAAGAAGAUGACUGCAGCUCAGAAAACUCUGGCUAAGGUGGACAAGACUGGCAUGAAGCCUAUGUCAUCUUUCUUCAGCCCCAAGGUCAAAACAGAGAAGUGAAUGUUGUAUAGUUUGUACAAGACUUUUGUAAUAAAGAAUGAAAAUGA